ACUGGUGUCAAGUUGGAUGAAAAUAAUGGUCGGAUUGUGGUCAUUUUGGUGUUUUUCUCUUUUGGCUUUGUUGUACCCCUUUCACUCCAAGUUUUUGGCACAAGCGGAAAUAACUUCCCCCAAAACCAACAGCAGACUUCACCGCCUGGAGGUAACGCCGCUGGAGGCAGGCGCAACCCGAAAGCCAGCGAGGGUCAAAGUCUCACCGAAAGUCGACAACCGCACUGAUCUUUUCAGUGGUUUUAAAACGGAGUCCGUUUUUGUUGACGUUGUGGAUCCGCGCUACGACAGACAAAUGCGAAAGGACUUACACAGUGGACUUGGGAACGAAGCGCAGAUUGGCAAGAAAACGGCACCAAACUCCUUUAAGCGUCUCACGGCGUCUAGUAAAAAGUAUGACAGCACUUUUGAGGAUAGUUAUAUGCGUCCCACAGCGAAUACACUAUUAGAAAACACAUUUCCUGAAAUUAGAAAGAGGGCGGCGCGGAGUGUGGCUGCAGAAUAUACCGAAAUUUUGGAUAGGAGUACAAAUGGAGAGGGACAGUCGAAAGACAGGUUUUUGGAGACUGCGCAAGGUAUUGCCAACUCCAGAGCCGAGUACCGGCGCACUGGAGAGGAUGCCAGAGGGUCUAACCCGAGGCAAAGUGAGCCGCAUUUGGACACCUCUACUUUUGCUCUAUCCGGAGACUCCGCACACAACCAGGCGAUGGUACACUGGUCUGGACACAACAGCAGUGUGAUCCUGAUCUUGACUAAGCUGUAUGAUUUCAACCUGGGGGCUGUUACUGAGAGCUCCCUGUGGAGAUCUGUGGAUUACGGCAGCACCUAUACCAAACUCAAUGACAAAGUGGGGUCAAGGACGGUUUUAAGUUACCUCUAUGUCUGCCCCACCAACAAGCGUAAGAUAAUGAUGCUUAGCGACCCAGAGAUAGAGAGCGCUGUUCUCAUCAGUUCAGAUGAAGGGGCAAGCUUUGAGAAGCAUCCCAUUAACUUCUAUAUCCAGAGCCUGCUCUUCCACCCUGUGCAGGAGAACUGGAUACUGGCUUACAGUCAUGACAGCAAGUUGUACAGUUCACUGGACUUUGGGAGAAAAUGGCAACUUGUUCACGAUGAUGUGAUGCCGGGGCGAUUCUACUGGGCGGUAAUGGGCCUGGACAGAGAAUCAGACGUGGUCCACAUCGAGACGCGCAUUGCGAAAAGCCGUGCACAGUAUGUAAAGUGCCGAGCCCAGCGAUGCACAGAAGCCAACAGACAGUAUCUCUUCCCUGGACAUGUAGAUACCAACUCCCUUGUUGUGCAAGAUGAAUAUGUUUUCACACAGGUAACCAAGUCGGGACGAGCGAGCUACUUUGUGUCCUAUAUGAGAGAAUCAUUCAACCGGAUGAAAUUACCCAAGUAUUGUCUGCCCAAGGACAUGCAUAUUAUCAGUACAGAUGAGAAGCAGGUAUUUGCAGCAGUUCAGGAGUGGAAUCAGAACAACACUUACAGCCUGUACAUCUCAGACUCCCCUGGGGUGUACUUUACCCUCUCGCUGGAGAAUCUGAGAACUAGCAGAGGACCCGCAGGCAACCUACUGGUCGACUUUUACAAGGUUGAAGGGAUAAAUGGCGUGUAUCUAGCCAACAAACUGGUGGAUCAUCAAGUGAAGACUUUUGUCACAUUCAACAAGGGACAAACGUGGGCCCUGCUGCCAGCUCCUCCCACUGAUGUAGCUGGAAAUAACCUUCACUGCAUUCUGCCAUUUUGCUCGCUGCAUCUGCAUCUGGAGAUGUCAGAGAACCCCUACACAUCUGGACGCAUCUCCAGCAAAAACUCCGUCCCAGGGAUCAUUGUGGCGACAGGGAAUAUCGGAACAGAGCUGUCCUCCACCAACCUUGGAAUGUUUAUAACAUCUGAUGCAGGGAAUAGCUGGAGACAGAUUUUUGAGGAGGAGCACAACAUUUGGUUUCUUGACAACGGAGGUGCUCUGCUGGCAGUCUUACACGCAACAACACCCAUUCGACACUUGUGGAUCAGUGUAGACGAAGGAAAAAAAUGGGACCGGCACAGUUUCUCCUUGGCACCUCUGUAUGUGGAUGGAGUUUUAAUGGAGCCGGAGACAGAAAAUCACAUUAUCACUUUCUUUGGACACUUUAGCCAUCGGUCAGAAUGGCAGCUGAUCAAAAUAGACUACAAGGGCAUCUUCAAUAGGAGAUGCAUGGAUGGAGAUUACCAGACAUGGCACCUGCACAACAAGGGAGAGCCAUGUGUGAUGGGUGAAAAACAGAUAUAUAUGAAGCGUAGGCCAGGCAACCGUUGCAUGCUGGCCCAGGACUACUCCAGGAUUUAUUCCUCGGAGCCGUGCCUCUGCAGAGCCUAUGAUUUUGAAUGUGAUUAUGGGUAUGAACGCCAGGCGGAUGGGAAGUGCUCCCCUGCUUUUUGGUUUAAUCCAAGCAGCGCCACUAAAAGCUGCAGCACCAGCCAAAGCUUCCUUAACAGCACAGGUUAUCGGAAGGUUUUGGCCAACAACUGCAAGGAGGCAGGGAAGAACAUGUUCUCACCCAGGAGACAGGCUUGUCGUCCCAGACCUCCCCGAGGCCUGCGGCUGUCCACCAGUCAAGGAGAACUCAGUGCUAUCGUUGGAAGCAAUGUUACUUUUCUGGUCUAUCUGGAUGAAGGAGACUCACUCAGGACCAAUAUCCAGCUCGACUUUGGGGAUGGCAUCAAGAUCACAUACUCUAAUCUGAGCAGGACAGAUGAUGGAAUCAAACACAUCUACAGAGCUACUGGGAUUUACCGAGUGACAGCGUAUGCUGAAAACAGCCAGGGAUCUGACAGCAGCUCACUGUUUUUACACAUCACUAGUCCAGUGGAGCGUGUAUAUCUCUCAGCCCCUAUUGUGGCCAUCAGGGGGAAAGAGGCUAAUCUCACUGCGGUGGUUUGGCCGAGCCACCACAGAACACUGACCUUCUUCUGGUGGUUUGAAAACAGCUCCGAGCCUAUUAUAACCUUGGAGGGAAGCAUCUCGUACACGUUUCUGAGAGAGGGAAUAAACAAGGUCACGGUCCAGGUUGCCUCUGGGAGCACUGUAAUGCAGGACUCAAAAGUUAUAACUGUUAAAGAGUUCUUCAGGUCGCUCUUGUUGUCAUUCUCGCCGGCUCUUGAUGAGCACAACCCUGACAUCCCGGAAUGGAGGGAGGACGUAGGGCGUGUGGUGCGGACAGCUCUGUCACAGGUGUCUGGGUUUCCUGAAGACCAGCUGCUGGUGUCUUUGUAUCCCGGCCUUCCAACUGUGGCAGAGCUCUUCAUCUUGCCUGACAUAGAAACACCACCUGAACACAGGAGGAAGAGUGAAGAGGCCCUAGAGAGGAUAGCAGAUAUCUUUGUCACUGCACUGAACCAAGGCUUGAUCCAGUUUGAGUUGAAAGCUGAUAUCCGUAUCAUUGUCUACAUCACACAGCAAACUUUGGCACCACUUGUGGAUUCAAACGCCAUCCACAGCGGGUCAGCAAUGCUGAUGCUGCUCACUGUGGUGUUUGUUGGUUUAGCCGCAUUCUUCAUCUACAAGUUCAAAAGGAAAAUCCCUUGGAUCCAUGUUCAGACUGAAGACAGCCAUGAGAAGGACCCAGAGGUGAUCAGUACUGUGGGUCAGAAUGACAACAUAUCCAAGGUCAAGCUCAGUGAGUUCCCCUCUCAGAAGGAACUCAUGGAAAAAGACCUAGAGGCCAGGAGCAGAGGAGGAAUUGGAAGAAAUGUGGAAAGAGUUAUUACCAGAGAAUUUCCAAACUGUACUAAUGUCUAAGAUGUGCACUGUAUUACAGAGUAAGUACAGAUUGUGGUGUUUCAAUUGUGCUGAUAUUGUUUGCUUUGUUGGCAUUGUUUAUUUUAUGCUGAUAGCUGCUACUGUUCAAAGUCAUGUUUUUUUUUUUAACACAUAUGGCUAAGUAUGUCUUUCACAAAAUUUUAUGAAAAUCAAUCUACAAGGUCAGACUCCUGAGUUGUAAAUAUACUGAAUAUACUGAAAUCAGACAAUUUGACCCUUGUGGGCGCUUAUCAGAGAGUAUAAUGGGACAUGUAGAUGAUGCUACGUUAGAUAGCAUGGUGCUUUCAACAUGACUGUUUCUCAGAUGCAUUUACACUCUGAACAAAAGUGGUAGUUUUUGUGGGCAUAACGCUCUGAUUGAAGAAGUGGAGAUUUUAAAAACAUGUACAUAGAACAAGGUGGAAUGUAAAUCUAUACAGUAGCCUACUUCUUAUUUUAUUGUGAGGUAAACCCACUGAACAGGCAGAAAAUAUGUUUCCAUUAACUUAAGUUUCACAAUACAGUCUGUACUAUGUCCACCUUUUUUACAGUAGCAUGCCCUAAUUAGUAAGUUAAAAAAAAAAAAAAAAAAAAAAAAAAAAAAAAAAAAUACAUAAAACAAUGUUAGGGUAAGUGAGCAUAUAUCAUGAUGAUUUUAAAGUUUACUUGGCACAUUACACAACUUAUUAAACACCUUGUCUAAUAGUCUACUUGUGCAAUUAACAGAAGUUGUGCAUGAUAAUAUGAUAUUCAUUUUUUGUUUAUGAUAUGAAAACCAUUGUUUUGAAUCAUAUUUCUUACUGUGAAAAAAGUACCAUUUUAAAAUUGUUCAAAAUAAAUGUAUUUUUAUAUGGAA